AAACACAAUUCAAACAGUCUUCCUUGAACGUGCUGAUGUAACGUUUAUAAUUAGUAUAUAUGCGCGGUUCGCAAUUCUCAUGAUAGUUAACAUUUUUCUACACUAUUAUUUCGCGAGAAUAUGCGUGUUUCUUUACUUGGUUUCUUUAAAUAAUACGUUAAUCGCGCGUUUACAAGACAAGUCAUAAAGAAAUCGAUCUACGAGAAAAACGGGAAGAAGCUCUUAGAAUUUUUAUGAUAUAUGAUACUUCUUGAAAAGUGCUAAGGUCCAAAUAUGAGUCGUAACACGAAAAGUCAUAAAAAUGUACAAAGAAGAUCCGCGUUGUCAUUUGCUGGUGCGGAUGAUUCCAUCGACCAUUACAUUGAUAAUAUUAUACAAUCCGAUCCUUGGAAAAACAUCGCGGAAAUUGAAAAAAGUGACGCCGCUUGCAUCCAGAAUGUGUUGAAUGAAUUCGAUGAUAUGAUUACGCAACAAAAGGCUUCCAAAGCAAGUCAUAGCGCUGCGAAAAAAAAAUCGAAACAACCAAAGGAAAAAUCCGCGAUUAAGGAUUCAACGACUUCUGAAGAGACUUCAUCAAAUAUGCAUAAUAUGCUCGAACCCAAAACCAAGGUUCAGACAAAAAAGAAAGCUUCAACAAAACGAACUCCCAAGAUGAUAGAAAAAACGCCUUCGCAAGAACUCCAACGCAGUGUAGAUGAUGCGAAAAGAGCAGUUCGGAAAACUUUAGAACCUAAUGUCAAAGAGAUUGCCGUUAACGAAUCAGUCAAAAAAGUAAACAAGAAAGACGUAACAAAUACAACUGAUACAAAUCUGCUAACAAGCACACCCAAAAAAGAGUUGUCUAAAACAGUAGGAGAAACGGCAAAAGACGAAAAGUCGACCGCAAAUACAAAAAAACGAAAGAUGACAGAUUCUGAAAAUACAUCGAAGAAAUAUAUCAAGCACCAAAAAAAAAAGCGUCAAAAAAAAAUGUUGAAAAAGAAAGUGAAAGAUACGGAGCAUUGUCAAGGUGAAGAUAAUACAAAAGUUUCUGAUAAAGAUGAUAAUUUAAAAGUGGAAGAACCCAAAAAUGUAUUAGAAGAAAACGUCGAAACAAAAUUAUGCAAAAAUACGAUGAAAUGUAAUGUAGUAGAUGAGAAAUGCGAGUUCAAAAACAAGGAAAUUUCUAACAAAUUAAAAAAUCUGAAAAGCUGUAAAGACAAAUUGCCUAAAAGCGCUACAUCAAAAACAUCUUCUAAGCCAUUAAGAAAUAAUGUGGAGAAUACCGAAAGUCAAUGCACAAAAGAAUGCGCGGAACAUUGUCGCACAUAUGAGCAAUAUUUAUCGAGAGCUGUAAAACAAUUAGAGGAAAGAAGAGAACUUAGAAAGACUAAAAAGGCAGCAAAAGCUAUGGCUAAACUUAGUCAUGAAAUAUCAGUUGUCAAAAGAAAAAUGGAAUGCAUAAGAAAUAAUUUAGAAAGCAAAGAGUCAUCGGAUUCUGGCAGCGAUUAUUCUGAGGAGUCAUUGUAUCCGUCAUUAUAUUCAUCUUUAUCAUCCUCCUCAUCCGAAUCAUCACACUCGAGCGACUGUACCUGUUCAGACUGCAAUUGUUAUACGAGUGAUGAUUACACCGAGUAUACGUGUGAUUCGUCUGAUUCUUCGAUUUCUAGUGAGAAUAGCGAAAACGAAUAAAAGCAAGUGAGAGCAAAA